ACGUCAUUCAUCACUGAUCAAUGAUGAAACAUCAUUCAUUCCUUAGCUCGUGGGUCCGAACUCCACAGUGAUCAAGUGCAGAGAUCCAGGCCUCGAGCUGGAUCAGGGAAUCGCGCUCCAUGUACAGCACUGUAUAACGAGCAGUGGAGACAAACAGCAGGCCUAGCCAACCUGCGGAAUCCCAUCUCAAGAGCAUUUACCCAUCGGCCUCAGAGUCGGCCUGCAGUCUCACUCUCAGACUCCAUAGCCCGGGAGGGUGAGAAAUAAAUGGUGAACUAAAGUGCCAUGUUCGUCGAUCAUUAGAGACGGAGCUGUAGUCUGGACCGACGAGGGUCGGUGAUGUCUAUCGAGUCGACACUGACGAUGUGAACAUGCAGCACUAGGACGUAGAUCGCGAGGAUUCCAUCGAGAGGCAAGGCCGGAGAUCAAUCAACGUAAGGAUGCCUCCAAUGACGAACAUUGCAGACUUCUAUGGAACGGACUCGUUCUAUUAUGUGCUUGCAGCGGUCUUGGGGCUGGUCGUGCUGAUUUUGAUACAAAGAAAGUUCAGAGCACCGAAGCUACCCCCGGGGCCUCUCGCAUGGCCUCUGAUCGGGAACCUCCCCCUGAUGGGCCCGCUGCCUCACCAGUCGCUGCUCCGUCUGAAAAAAAAAUAUGGCCCUCUCAUGUUUAUGCAGCUGGGCUCCGUUCCUACCAUCGUUGUCCAAGGUCCGGACAUGGCGAAAGAGGUUCUCAGAACUCAAGACCAUAUUUUCGCGUCUCGUCCUGACACUGUCACCGGCGAGCUCUUCUUCUACAAUCGUCAAGACCUCUUGUUUGCGCCUCUGGGUCCGACCUUCAGAUUACUCCGAAAGACUUGCGUCAAUUCACUUUUCACGCCGCUGCGUGUACAGGAAUUUCAGGGAGUUCGAAAAGAAAUGCUGACGGCCUUCCUGACCAAACUACUGCAAGAGGGUCGGGGUGGACAGCCCGUACAAGUGGAUCAUAAGAUCACUGAAAUGAAUUUCAACAAUGUGAGCAAAAUCCUCUACGGCAAGAGCUAUUACGGGCUUAAGACGACAAAUGCGGACGGAUCCAUUCAUGCGCGAGAGUUUCACGAGAUUGCCGACGAGUGGGCCCGUGUCGCAGGCUCCGUCAUCGUUGGAGACUACCUUCCCUGGCUCAGGAAGCUGGACAUCGGAGGUUGUGAGGCACACCUGCUCAGGCUGAGGGAAGAAUUCAACAAAUUUCUGACAGGUGUGAUAGAAGAGCACAAACGAAAUUCGGCUGCUGGCGGCAAAGGCUCUAGGAAGGAGGACUUCGUCGACGUGCUGCUAUCACUCCACGCGGACGAAGACGGCAACACCCUCUCCGAAACACAAGUCAAGGCUUUCCUUCAGGACUUGACUUUGGGAGGAAUCGACAGCUCGGCAGCCCAGAUGCAAUGGACGCUAGUGGAGCUGCUGCGACAUCCUGAGGUGCGCCAUAAGGUGCAGCAGGAACUGGACUCCGUGAUCGGAAAGGACCGGAUGGUGGAGGAAGCGGACAUCGUCCGCCUGCCCUACUUCCGGGCCAUGAUGAAGGAGUCCUUCCGCCUGCACCCGGCCGUCCCCUUCCUGGCUCCCCACGAGAACACCCAGGCGACGAAGAUCUCGGGCUACGACAUCCCCGCCAACACCAGGCUUCUCGUGAAUGUGUACGCCAUUCACCGGGAUCCGGAAGUGUGGGAAGAUCCGCUGAAAUUCAAUCCCGAGAGGUUUAUGAAUCGCCAUCAGGGCCUGAAGGGCGAGGACUUCAAGUUUCUGCCCUUCGGCUCGGGCCGGCGAAUGUGCCCGGGGAUGGACUACGCCAUGCUCGUGGUGGAGUGGACUCUGGCGCAGCUCCUCCACACUUGCGAUUUGGAUGUGCCCGAAGGCAUGAAGCCCAUGGACAUCGAUGUAGGCGAGACAUUUGGCGUCACCUUGUCCACCACAAGUCCUCUGCGGAUCGUGAUCUCGCCCCGCCUGCCCUCCGAGGUUUAUGCCAAGGCGGGCAUCGUCCUGUAGAGUGGGGCAGCUCGUCGCUCGUCGUUGUAAAUUAGUAUAUAGUCAGGAGCAGAUGGGUGCCAAGUGGCCGGGCCCGCUGCUUCUCUUUCUAUAUUGUAAAGAUGUCUUCUGCCAUGAUUACUGCGUCUGCUGUUGUUUCUGGAUUCGGAACGCCAAUAUUUCACGUGGCUGUAAAUCGUGUGAAAUUCGGGCUUAGCGCGAGAAUACAAAAUGUACAUGUCAAAAUGUCACGUCGUGUCCAUUGUUUAAGAAAUAGAUUAUUCGUGGAAAUGGACGAGACCGUUUCACCAGGUUUCUCAUCUUCGAGCGAGUGCUGUGGCUACGAGACUCAGAUUCGUCCCCUGUGCAGUCAAAUUCGUGAACCUAGUAAAUCCCCGGAAAGAAACAAGUGGGGACUGGACUGCUUGAAGGAUCUCACAGUGAUUGUCGUCAUUGUGUACCGGCAUGAAACUUUCACCAGAGCACUCUACUUAGAGCCAGACUACUGUAUAUUUUCUUCACGUGCCCUUGCUAAACCCCGAGAGAUUGACAGACAGCUGUGCCAUAGCUAUCAGUCAUCAGGGUCUUUCCAUGAAGCCUCAUCGAUUGGUUUACGAACCCAAAUGUUUCAAUGAAUAGGGUGUUUCAGUAUAGGCUGGUAGAUUUUCAUGGCAGAGACAUACAACCUUUUAUAGAGUAUGGUCACUUGAAGUGUAAGGCUCAUACUUCUAAUGAGUAUAGUCACUUUCCCGAUGUUCUUUGGAAAAUCAUUGAACGCCUCAUCGUUUACU